UUGGCUCGCGAGAGCCUCAACAGCGAGCGGCGAGAGACGAGGAGGGGAGGAUUAGACGGCAGGAGUAGCACCGACAACAAUAACAACAUCAGCAACGGAGACACGCAGACAAAGAGUAGAAUACCAAUUGCAACAAUAGCGACAAUAUUAAGCAUUACAGUCAUCAUUGCCAGCACCACCACCACCAUCGCCUUCAUCACAGCAAACACCACCACUUUUUACCAUUUGCCCAGUGAUGAUAUUAUUAUAUUAAUCUUGGGCUCGUUCGUGUAAGCGAGUGGCUUGUCCAGCCGUUACUGUAAAUCGUCACCAUCGCCUUCAUUAACCCCGUGUAUAUUUAACGACGGUGAUGAUUUCUUCCGUUCGUGAGAGAUAGCCACCCGUGCAUUCAUUCACUGCGCACGAUCGACAGUUUACAUAGACUGCACAACUUAACGCACACACACAUACAGACCAUUGUGGAUAAUCACCAUGGUUGUACAUCAAUUAGAAGACACCCACGAUUCGGAACGAAUAACAACGCAUCGGUGUUGCCAUAGCCUAAUAUAAGCGACGAUACUACACCGGCAUCGAUAAUAAUAUCGAUAUAUAAAGUCGGUGGAUGACACGGACAUCGACCGGACAACACAUCCCCGCCGCCGCUGUUAAAUCAUUCGAGGCGGAGUGUAGCAAGCACGAGGAUGUCUUCGUCUCCGCGGAGGCAGUCGUGCUACCUGUGCGACCUUCCCCGCAUGCCGUGGGCCAUGGUGUGGGACUUCACCGAGCCGGUGUGCCGAGGCUGCGUCAACUACGAAGGAGCCGACCGGGCCGAGCUGGUGAUCGGCACGGCCAGGAGAUUGCGACGUGCCCACGGACUCCCUGUCCCAGGACCUGAUCUCUCUCAUCACCACCACCACCAUCAACAACAUCAUCAGCAGCAGCAGCAGCAUCAUCAGCAGCACCAGCAGCAGCAACAUUCAAAAGCGGAGUCGCCCGAAGCUACGGCGGAUGGAGCGGAAGCAGCGGAAUCAGGACGAGAGGAUACGCGGAGCAGCAGCAGCAGCCUUCAUCAUCAGCAGCAGCAGCAUCACCAGCAUGCUCAGCAGCAGCAUCGGCAGUCGCCAGCUAUGAUCAGCAGCAGCAAUUGCAGCUACGGCGAGGGACGUGGUGCCUUUGUGCUGCGCUAUCCCAGCGUGGAGCGCGGUGGUGCGGGUGGUGGCACGACCACCACCACCACAGCCCACCCACGCCAACACCCGCUGCACGGAGCCAUGCCUCUGGCGCUGUCUGGAUCUGUCGCCUGCUCUUCGUCGACCUCGUCUUCCUCCGUGCCCUCCCCGCACGCACACGGGCGAGCUUUCAGCCACGCUGCGGCCGAGAUGGAGGACUCUUCACCCCCGAGGGACUCCAGCUUAGAUCAGUCGAGGAGACAUCUCCUGCACGCGGCGAACUCGACCAACAGCGGCAGCAGCAACUGCGGUAUCAACUCUUCGAGCGCAGCCGCCACCACCAUCACCACCACCACCACUUCCCCCUCCUCCUCAUCGACUAUCCUCUCUGCACAAGCUCCAAGCGGAAGCAACGGCUCUCGCUCAUGCUACUCGCUGAUGAUCAGACGAACCGGCUCUCAAGGCCAGUCUCACUACAACACGACCACCUCCGCCAGCAGCAGUGGCGGUGGUGGCGGUAACGCUUUGGGAAACAGCAGCAGCAGCGCCGGCAGCGUUGGCAUCAACCCGGAGAUGCUUGUGAUCGGCGCACAGGAGAGGACAUCGGCCAGGGACAGGCAGAGGAACGCCGAGGUGAUGGCCGAGCUCUGCGAGAGCUUGCGCAACCGCGCCGAGAGUUGGGCGAGCAAGCCGGCCACGGUGCGAGACACCUUGAUGGCGCUGUCUCGGAGCUCGCCGUUCGAGGUGCGCUUCAAGAAGGACCACUCGCUCGUGGGCAGGGUCUUCGCCUUCGACGCCACCGCCAAGCCGGGCACGGAGUACGAGCUCAAGAUCUACAUCGAGUACCCAAGCGGCUCGGCCAACGUGUACUCGAGCGCGUCCGGCGUGGCCAAGCAGAUGUAUCAGGACAGCACCAAGGACUUUGGACGGGGCCUCUCCUCGGGCUUCAAGUACCUAGAGUACGAGAGGAAGCACGGCAGCGGCGACUGGAGGCUGCUCGGAGACGUUCUGCCCGAGUCGGUGAGGUUCUUCAAGGAGAUGGUGGCCGGUGACCUCUUGCCGCUGCCCUUCCUGGACAGCAGGUGGCCCGUGCUGCCCUCGGCCCUCUGCGAGCACCCGCGGUCGAUGUCCGCUCCGGGUAGGGGCGCCGGCUCACGCAAGCGCAAGUCGUCCGUCCACCUCCACCUCAGCAGAGACGGCAAGAUGCAGGCGGGCGGAGACGACCAUCAGCAGCAGCAGCAGCGACUGCGGCAGCACUGGCUGAUGCAGCCUCAAGCUGACGUCCUCGUCAAGGUGCACGGGUGCAGGACGUCCGGUUCUGGCUCGGCAGGGUUUGGGCAGCAGCCGCCGCCGCCGCCGCCCUCAUCAACAUCGUCAUCCUCAUCCCCGCGGCCGAACUGCUCGCCGGAAGUCACCGCGUGCAGCAACCUCACGGCCACCACCACCACCACGAGCACCACCACGAGCACGGGCGCGCUGAACUCGUUCGCUCAGCCCACGAUGGAAGACGACGACGAUCCCUCGUCGACGCACUCGCAGCAACACGCGGCGUCCACGCGCCCUCAGGGGGCCGGCUCGGAGGCCGAAUCCGGAGGCCCUCUGCUCAUCAUCUCGCCACCGGCCUGGCGAGGCUCCUCCCUGCGCAAUGGGGACCAGAGUUCGCCGACCCCCGACGUCGCGUCCCAGGUGUCGCUGCACGGAACGGAUCCGUCGGCGCUCACCCCGACCUCCGCUACGGCCUCGGCGGGUGCCACGGGCCCCUUGCACUGCGCGCUGUGUCAGGAACGGCUGGAGGACACCCACUUUGUCCAGUGUCCCUCCGUGGCCGCGCAUCGCUUCUGCUUCCCUUGCUCUCGGGGGAGCAUCAGGUCCCAGGGGGCGUGCGGCGAGGUGUACUGCCCCAGCGGGGAGCGCUGCCCAUUGCUGGGAUCGAGCGUGCCGUGGGCCUUCAUGCAAGGGGAGAUUGCCACCAUCCUCGCCGGCGAUGUGAAGGUGGAAAAGGAGAGAGACUGAAGAUUGAAUAUUGAAACGUUUUGCUCCUUUGCGCGCGCGGAUGACUGGUUUAUUAAAAAGCGACGUGUGAUAAUGUACAGCCCACAUUUGUCAAUCAAUUGCUGGAUUAAGCCCCCCACCACCUCAUGCUGUAUUGGUUGUGCGGGGUUACUUGAUCAUACUUCACCACGCUGGUCAGUGGGGGUCGUCGGGAGUGCGGGUUGCAGACAAUGUACAGCCGUUCGUCAAACUGUUUCUGGACGCAGACUUCUCCCCACUCUGUAUCGGUUGUCGGGAUUGUUUAACCGUACAUCAUCAUGCUGAUCACUGCCGGUUGGUGAAUAUUGGGGGAUGUGGAUCCAAGACCGAUUUCGGAUAUCGGUCAGGUCGCUGGAUUCACAGUGCAAUGUGAUAACCGCUGAGCCACUUCUCCACCACCUCGCCGACAAGUCCAAUAUCCAUGUCUGUGUAAGUCAUACCAUCGGCUUUGGGCUCAGUUGAACCCAUAUCUGGGUUAUUGAUAUCACGCGCUCGCUUUGUGCAGCUUUGCUAAGGCUUACUUCGUGAGAAGGUAAAACCAUGUUUUUUGUUUUGUAAAAGUCAAGGUUUGUUUCCCUACUCAAAACGGAUGAUAGGGAGGGGGGGUCAGCCCGUGGCUCAGUUUGCGGGCAGCAGUGGCUCGGUGGUUUGAAACGCAUGGAGGUGAAACGCUCCCUCGGUUGGCAACGAGACUGUGUGUGGACGCUGGGGGGAAGUUCGCCUAAGCAAUUGCAACAAAUGGCCACAGACAUCAAGGAGAUUUUGGGGGAAGAAAAAAAACCGUGUAAAGUCCCCCCAGCGUCCACCCAGUUGUAUACACACGACGCAAUGGCGCAUUUAUGUAUUCAUGUUUGUUUAAAGGCAGUGCUAAUUAGGAAUGCGGUGAUGGGGUUUUUGUUGUUUGUUCAUUUGUGCUUGAGCACCACUGCCAACGCAGUCACUUCAAAUCAUUUUUGUUUAUUCCCCCGUGUCUAGUAAUGCAGUUAUCAGAAUCAGUCGGUAUAUUGGAGGAAUCCGAUGAGCUGUUAAGCUCUUUUUCGACGGAUGCCCAGUUAUGGGCAGGUUCAACCCCGACCCUGUGACUGAGGUAUUCCCCCAGAUCAUAAGAGUCGUAUAAUGCGUUUCUUUAAAUUGCGCAAGGUCGUACGAAUUCGGGGAAAGAGACGAUCGGAGGAUAUUCCAAAGCAAAGCAGAUAUCGGUGAACAAGAGCUUCAUGGCUCAUCGGAUUCCUCCAGGAUAAACACAGAUUCUGAGAAGCAGAACGAGCAGAGGUGUGACCUGCAGGGUGAUGGUGGUGGUGGUUGAACGCAGUGUGGAUGAGACGAAACAGUCCGGCUGACAGACCGAGUCCUCAACGUGGGUGGAGGAAUCAAGGUGCGAAGUUCGCGUGAACCGCACCCACGGUAGUAGCCAUAGAAGCGUUACUGACAAGGGGGGUGGGAGAGACUGGCGUCGAUGAGUGUGACGAGAGUGCAGCAGUGAGUGCCGACUCGGGCCAGACGAGAGCGAGAGUCGUGGGUCGGGGUAGAGUUGGGCGCAUCCAGGAAUUCAUGGACUCACCCUGCUGGUCCCUUGCUCCCCAUGCCGUACUCGUGUCAGCGUGCUGGGUGACGAGAGGUGACACGUGCUGGCCACGCUAAUUGACAAUGCGAUAUGAGACAGCGGCGUAGCUUGCUUGGUAGGCAAUAGGUCCUGGUGCCAGGAUUUAAAUGACCCCCCCCCCCCACCACACACCCCACAUCACUUUUUUCACCCAGAACCUGGACCCCCCCCCCCCCCCACACCGGCACGUGAGUUCCCGGUGCAGUUGCACCGCCGGCGCACUCAACAGCUAACGCCGCUGUAGCUGCAUGUACGUGUGUGUGUUGGACUUCUUUCGCACCGUACGUAGGCAACCGUGCUGAUCGUCGGUGCGAAAUUUCACUUCAUGCAAAUCUAUGUACUCUCGAUGAUACUCAAUUUCACACACAGAGACAAAGCUCUCUCCCCUGUAGCCUCCAAUAGGCUGUUGGGGCAAGUGCUGUUGCCGAGCACUUACGAAGGCUGAUACGACAGAGGAGGGGGUGGGUGUCCAGAACCACGUCCGCGGCCGCCUUUGUCUCCAUCGUGGCGAUGUUUACACAUCGCACCAGGUACUCGCUUGAGGCUGAGUCGACCUAGGGGAGGCCCACGAGCGGCUCACCGCUCCCCAUAAUUCCAUGCAGACACAACGAAGACGACAUCCUCACGCGCGCUCAAUUGUAAAGUGGCACUUUACCUGUCCCCCUCCCCACCCCCAAAAUGUGAGCGAUAUAACGGUAUAUAUGGUGCUUCAUGUACACACGUAUUCAUAAAGGCUGCAGUGCCCUACUUACAACGUUGUAGUGUACAAAAUAUAUAUAUAUAAACCGAGUUGGGGAAAACAAAGUAUGUGUGUGAUAUGUAAGUGCAUUGGGAAAAUGUUCACAAACCACGUGGCGGUAUUGAAAUACAUACACGGGAGCUUUGUGUCUGUGAUCAUUCAAAUGGGCUGGCUCUAAUUAACGUUCUUAUGCUAAUGUUGUUAAUUAUUUAAAUUAAUUACCCGUGUCUGUCGGGUUAUAGUGAUUCGUCACCUCGCCAGCACUUCCACGAAACGUUUGCGAUUUGUUUCAAGAAUCGAUUCGGGUUUGUUUUUUUCCUCCCUCCAUGAACAUUGUGGGCGAAUGUAGCGGCCCCUAGUGGCUGGAGAGGAUCACUUGAACCCAAUAAAUACCAAUGUAUACGAAUCGAAAAAAAACAUCGAUUACUGCACAAGAGAUACGACAUAUGGUGAAAUCGAUAGUUAUCGAUGGAUUGCGUAAAGUAUUUACACCCACCACUGUUCCGUUACUUUUACGAAUACAUCAACAGACGUGCUCACGAUUGAGUGCAGUGUACAAUACAGCCCUUUUGUUGUCAAUCCACUGCGGGAUGAGAGUCUCUCCACGCCGUUGUCGGUCGUGGCACUUAGUUCGACCACACUUCACCGCCGCUUGGAGCGCAGUUCGAGUCGACAAAACAGCUGGGACCCAGGACGGGUUCAGGUAGCGCUUGCCAGCUGAUGAUGUUUAGCCGUGGCAGGGAAUCCAACUCGGGUUUCGAAGGGAUCGUGUACCGCAGGAGCGAUAACUACCGCAGUACGUAUUAAAUAAUCGAAUGCACUCGUGAGAACAACCUUCACAACGUGGACAAACAGGCGCGUCUCGCUUAACGAGCGUUCGUUGUUUUACGAGAAUUCGCCAUUACGAGCAAUUUUCGCGGAACGCAUCUCGCCCGUUGAACGAGACGCGCCUGUGCGGAAUUGUGUUUCGUAUGGGUUGCGCGCACCGUGAUGUCUGUGGCGAGUUGAUGGGACUUGAUUUACGGUCCCAUUGUUGUACAUUUCUGCACGAAUCAUCACAACACACGCAUUUGCUAAAUGACGUCGACGUGUCGCUGUUUUAUUUGAUGGAUCUUACGAACGAAUGACUGUUAAGCCGAGCGAUUCUCAUGUUUGUACAAUACCUUGUUUUUAUUUGUAGCGGUCGCCAAUGUUGUGUUUUGUUAUUUUAAAUUGUCAGUGUGUGUGUGUGUCUUGAGAGUUAAAUUUGAUAUGUUGUUUUUGUUCAUGAUUUCAGAAGCAUUGCUGUUUACACGUUUUCUCCUUUUAACGACGAUGUUUGGUG